GACCCGUCAGUACGUCCUGAGCUGUGAGAGAGAGAGGUUGUGUGAGUGUGCUGUGCCGCGUUCUCGUCCGGUCGCACUGGGAGUUCCUCGGUCCGUUUUUUUUUUCUCUCCGCCGAUUCUCCGCUUUAUCUCAUUCUAUUUAGCUCCUUCCCGCGUUCGGAUUUUAUAUUAAAAAAAAGAGGAAGAGCAGUGUUUGAGGAGAAUCGUUUUCAAGAAGGUGAUCUACAUAGUUUAUUCGAUUUAAAAGAAAAAUAAAUAUAUAUAUCGCCGACGAAUACUACAUAGCCUAUGAAAACGGCACCUCCUGUGCAAGGAAUUUUCACUGCCGAAAAAAGGUGAACACUAACGAGAAAUAAAAAAAUAUAUAAGUGGUCAGCAGCCAGGUGAUCAUACCCAGAACAUGAUAUACGCAGAGAAGGAUCGUAUAUAGUGCGCCGGAUCGAAGGAUAUAUAAUAUAUACUCGCUACGGCCAUUCGAAAGGACGCGGGAUUCUUCGGGUGAUCGUCGCGCGGCAGAGGCGGUCACCGGGAUGAGGCUCCGCCCAUCGCUAGCCUGACGCCCCGCCCAUCAAACUGCCACCCCGCCGACCCAGGCGAGGGCGGCGCCCACGGUAUGGUGAAGCAGUGCCCACGCCCACGCCUGCGUUUCUAAUGCCCCCUGGCCCCCGGGACGGCUCUAUGCUCAAACACAUGCUCACUGUGGCAGGAAGACCGGCACCCGCGGCCGCCCCGCCGAGGGGCACCUCCCAUGGCACCGACACUCUGGAGGGGCGGCGCUCCCACGUGGGCGGGGCCGCGCCGGGGGCGGGCAGCGGCACCUUGCCGGGCGUGCACCACCACCACCACGGGCCGCAGCCGCCGCACGCGGGCUCGCCGGGCGCGCUCAGUGUGAAGGUGAACGGCGUGGCGGGCGGGCGCCAUCCCCCGGCGCUCAACAUGAGCUCCCUGUCGUCGUCGAAGCACUCGGUGGGCGGCAACUCGGGCUCCGUCAGCCCCGGCACCACCACCGUCACGCGCACCACGGGCCUCGACCAGUCGCGCGACCACUCGCACCUCACCGACCUGUCGCACAUCUCGCACCUGUCGCCCAUCCCGCCCGCCGACCUGUCCAAGGCCACCCUCGCCAGCAAGCGCUCGGCGGGCCUCAUCCCGCGCUUCAUCACGCUCACGCGCUCCACGGGCUCCCGCGGCGCGCUCACCUCCCUCGGCCUGCUGUGCCUCACCUCGCUCCUGCUGGCGCUGCUGGCGCUCACCUUCCUGGUGGAGCUCACGCCGCUGCCGCACGACGCCGACAGCGUGCAGGAGGUCACGCUGGCGCUCGCCGCCCUCACGCUCUCCCUCGACCUCAGCUGCCUCCUCAUCUGUGCGGCGCAGUUCAUCUUCGCCAUCAAGCUCGCCAAGUCGCCCAGCGGCGAGGAGAGGAUGAGCAAAUACCUACGACAGUCAUCCGUCUCGAGAGUGUGUGCUGUGGGCGGCUUCUUCGUGUCAGUACCUGUCUUUCUUACAGGUGUUAUCCUGUACACCUUCAUCCACUUCCAAUCAACGCCCGCCAUCCUGACUUCUGUGUUAAUCGGGGUGGGAAUUAUUUUCUGCGGUUGUGCCAUGAUUCACAACGUCUUUAUAUGGCAGAAGGAAAAGACAAAGGCGGUCGCUCAGCAGAAUAUCCAACAAGCAGUCAGUCAAGAUGCGCGACUAAGAGAACUCAACACUUCUCCUCUACCCAACGCCACCUUAGAUCUCUCCGGCACAGCUCCACCUCAUGAACUUUCCACUCUGGUCUAGAACCCGGCCUUGUGAACAGUGACACCUUAUCGUUACUCAGUCGACUGUAAAAAAACAAAAAUACUCAUGCAACAGCGAUAUCAGAUACUUUUCAAAUAAUUUCAACAUAUUGUGAAGUGAGUGUGAAAGGACAUUUUAUUUUUUGGAAAAUACAGACACGUAAGACAAAAUACAAAAGUAUAUGAGUGAUGUGACGGGGAAGUGAUGGCAAGGGACAUGAAAAUGUAUCUGUCUUGUAUUUUUUCCUCUCCAAAGAAAUGAUUUCCAAGUGACCUAACAAGAAGUGUGCUCAAUGUGGUGAUUUAUACAGCAUCCAUCUGGAAAAUACUGUAAAACUUUCCAAAUGUGUAUGUUGACGUGCAUUAUAUCCAUGUACAUGCAAAGAGCUCCCUUCACUAUAUGAACCAGUGCUGUGGAAGCCAUUUCUUCUUUCUUAUCUGACUUUAUUUUAAUUCUGCAACUUUGUAUCAGGGCACAGACAAGAAAAAAACAAUAUUAAAACUAUAAUCUUACAUAAACUUCCAUAUUUCUAGUGGGAAAAAAGACAUCUCCAGAACUUCAUAUUAACUUUGUGAUGCUAUCAAUGUGUCAUGACCCAUUUUUAGCUCAACACCAAAGUUCUAGCAUUUGUAACUGCCAGUUAUUCAUAUCAAUGUAAGUCUUUCACAGGAAGGAAAAACAAAACUGUUUCUGAGUUUGUACACAAUGUGUCUGUACACAGAUGUACAACAGAUCUCACAUUUCCUUUUGUUCACUGUAACACCAAAUGUAAGAAACAAUGUGUUCUUUUUCAGCCUGAUGUGCAUAUACAUUACAGAAAUUUCAAGAAAACAUUAUAUACAAAUAAACAAAAAGUACAGU